AUGUUCCGUACCUCUUCUCGUCCCCUCUGGCAACUCGCCGCGAGAGCUUCGCCCAACAAAACUUCACUGCCCCGCGCAUCAAUUGCACCUCUACUGCGCCAGCAACGCGCCGCCUACUCGAGCAAAUCCGACCAAGAGAACCCUCCUCCUCCAAAGCAACCCAUUGACUAUGAAGCCGAGCGCAAACGUGGACAGGAGCUUCUCCAGUCCGACCCCAAGCAUGUCUCGAGCAAGAGCUCACUGUCCAAUACAGCUGGAGUCCAAGGCCCUACCAAGGGUGACGAGGGCAUGGGCAACGAGCUCAAGCACGAUAUUGAGAUCGUGAAAGACACCUUUACAUUCACAAACGUACCCCGCGAAUCGCGCAUCCUCGGUCUCGCUGGUACACUUCCGUACCUUGGAACUUCGCUUUCAACAGUCUUUCUCGCUUGGAACUUGAACAAGAAUCUCCCCACUGGCAAUUCCUUCUACGAUGCCAUCAUGGUCGACCACGAGACUGCCAAGUACCUGUUGAGUGUCAUCGAGCCUCUCCAGCUCGGAUACGGUGCUGUCAUUAUCUCGUUCCUGGGAGCCAUUCACUGGGGUCUUGAGUAUGCCGAGAAGUCACCCUCUCUUCAACGAACCCGCUUCCGUUACGGCAUGGGUCUUGCCUCUUCAAUCAUCGCCUGGCCCACUGUGAUGCUCCCUAUCGAGUACGCCCUCACUACUCAAUUCAUGGCUUUCGUCGGUCUCUACUUUGCCGACUCUCGCGCUGCGACCAAGGGCUGGGCGCCUCGCUGGUACGGAUCCUACCGUUUCCUCCUCACAGCCAUGGUUGGAGCUGCAAUUUUCAUCUCGCUCAUUGGCCGAGCCAAGAUCAAGCAGGGCGAUGCCAUCACCGCUAAAGGUCUAAGCGACAACUUUUCCCGAAGCGGUAUCGCAGACCACGAGACCAACUGGGAGAAGCUCGAGGCUGAGGAGAAGGAGCGCCUACGCAAGAAGAAGGAGGAGGAAGAGAAGAAGGCCAAGGAGGCGGAGAAGAAGAAGAAGGAAGAGGAAAAGAAGAAGGGUAAGAAGGGUGGUGACAAGAAGAAGAGCGAUGACAAGUCCAAGGCCUCCGAAGAGGGUAGCGACAAGAAGGAUGAGGAUAAGGACGAGGGUAAGAAGUCCGAGUCUGAGUCUAAGGGAGAUGAGAAGAAGUCUGAGUCCAAUGACAAGAAGGAGGACUCCAAGGAUGAGGGCAAGGAUGAGAAGCCCAAGGAAGAGUCUGAGAACAAGCAAAAGGAAGAGUCUGAGAACAAGGACUCUGAGGAAGAAUCCGACAAGAAGGAGGACAAGAAGGACGAUUCCAAGUCCGAAGAAAAGAAGGAUGACAAGUCUGAGGAUAAGAAGGACGAGUCUAAGAAGGACGAGUCUAAGAAGGACGAGUCCAAGGACAAGAAGAACAAGAAGGAUGACAAGGAUGACAAGGAGUAA